AUGGAUGCCAAAGCAACGGAGCUAUUGGCUGCGCUGCGAAAUAGCAAUCUUUCACUAGACGCAAAAACCACGCUCCUUACGAAGCUCAAAUCGGAUAUCAAACAGAAGAUUGUUCCCGAUGUCGCUAUCUCCUCCUUAUUCGAAUGUUUUCGUCUGUCAAUCGCUUCACAACACGCUUCGCUAUCAUCAGCAGGAUUUUCGGCCCUGGGACAUCUAUUGAAGCGCCUUAUGCUGCAGGAACAGUACCAAGCUAUCGUGCUCCAGGGCCGUGCCACUUAUCCGCUGCUGCUAGAGAAACUUGGGGAACAUAAGGAACGAAUAAGGGCCCAAGCGGCCCAGAUAUUUACGGAAUUCUGGCUGGCUUCUCCAGCAGACGUGGAACAUCAUGUUCUCCAAGUCGCCCUUAUCGGCAAAAACCCUAGGGCAAAGGAAACAAGCAUGACUUGGCUUGCGAAGAUGACGCGCGAACAUGGCCUACUGUUUCGUAACUAUGUUUCGUCACUCGUCAACUGCCUCGAAGACGCAGACGGUACGGUAAGGGAGACGGCCAAAUCAACCGUGAUCGAAGUGUUCCAGUACGAAGACCUCUCCCCUCAUUAUGGCAUCGAAAUUAACAAUGUUGUCAUUAGGAAUGCUCCUCCUCGAGCUAUAUCUGAUUUGAAAAAGCAACUUGUAUCACAUAACGUGAGGAAGUCAAUUACCACUUCAAUUCUUUCUAGCCUGGGAGUGAACAUUUCUACAGAUGCAGAAAUGGCUACAUCGUUUCAAUCGCAAAGGUCGGAGAUGCUUAGAUCUGCCAGCAGUUUUUCCCAUCGCCGCCCCGAUGAGUCUUCACGUCCCCUUUCUGUGCUUUCAGUAAGAUCGCAUUCGAACAAUGAUGUGCAAAAUAUGCCGAACAUCGAUAGUAGCUUCGACUCCGCCCCAAAACAUCAGAGUGAUCCUCCUGGCAAAGAACCCCACUUACUCCAUACGACAAGUACUGAAUCUCUUCCAACGGCAAACCCGGUCACUGCAGACGGAGAGUUUGUUGAACCUAUAUACGUUAACUCGCAUCGAGAAUUCGAAGAUAUGAUUCGCGAGAUGCUUCCUCACUUCGAAGGGAGAGAAUCGGAACAAAACUGGCUACUGCGAGAAAAGAGCGCUGUUACACUGCGUAGGCUGACCAAAGGCAAUGCUCCUCAUGACUACGAGCAAUAUUAUAUACCGGCUAUUAAAAGUUUACUGGAUGGAAUAUUAAAAAUCGCCAACUCAUUGCGCACAACUCUUUCGGCAAUUGGCUGUUAUUUGCUUCAAGAUAUUGCCCGGACUUGUGGCCCUGCAAUCGACCCUAUGGUUGAAAUUCUCCUGCAGAACUUAAUUAAAUUGACUGCUGCUCUAAAAAAAAUCACAGCUCAACAUGGCAAUACGACAGUGGAUGCUGUCAUUGGGAACGUAUCAUUUACGUCUCGGAUCGUACAGCAUAUUUGGGCUGCGUGCCAGGAUAAAAAUGUCCAGCCUCGCCAAUUUGCAGCAGGCUGGAUUCGAACUAUUCUUGCGCGACACGGCAAACAUAAAGGGUUGAUAGAACACAGUGGGGGGCUGGAAUUGAUUGAAAAAUGUAUUAAGAGGGGGUUGGGUGACCCCAAUCCUGGUGUAAGAGAAGGAAUGCGUGGGACCUUUUGGGCAUUCUUCAAAGUCUGGCCUAGCAGAGCCGAUGCAAUAAUGUCCACCUUGGAAUUAAAAUCAAAAGCACUUUUGGAAAGGGAUCCUAAUAAUCCUAACUCCAGCUCAGGGGCUCAAACCUCAGACCAUUCCCGAGCUGCUCUAUCGUAUGCUACACCUGGAAGGCCAUCCCUCAAAGAAACGAUCAAUGCACAGAAAAGGGCUCGCCUUGCCGCAUCAAAAAGUCACCCUCCUAGGCCAGAAUCUGCUCAGUCUUGCUUCUCUGACCCAAAGCCGAAUAAAUCAUCUGUCCGCCGACCACCCAUCACUUCAAGCUCCACCGUUCGUGUGCCAACAGGGGAAAAACUUUUUCAGAAUACGUCUCUGUCUUCAGCUCCCAUGAGGCCUACUUCUCGUCCCCGCCGGCCUGAGCUAGCUAGGCCCGCUACCGCUGAUCCAUAUUCCUCUCGAAGGUCUGCACAUCCGGACUCUCAAUCAAAGCCGUCAAGCCCAUCUGGAAGCCCGCAAAAAUCAAAACCCAAAUCAACGGCAACGACAACUCCCCGUUCCAGAAAUGUGCCCUCCCGGCCUAAAUCAAGGCUGGGCGAUGCACCGACAAAUGCUACGAGAGAGAGACAGAAGCCGGAUCGGAGUGCAAUUUCUCCGAAAACUCCUCGGAGAGGACAGUCUGAUGCCAAUGUUCUUUCCACCAUUUCUAGAACAAGAGGCAAGACCAUUAGCCCCCCAAAAACAGAAUUGGGUUAUACUACUGCUUCGCAUAAUGACGACGAAUUUAUUGAACCCCCGAAACGUGUCAUAUCUGACUCAACUGGAAGAUCGACGCCUAGACCGAUAACCCCUGUUCGGACCCCUCUGAAGGCGGGAUUUUGUACGCCUUCUCGUAGCCAACCAAGACGCAAUGAAACUCCCGGCUCGCGAGCAUCAGCUUCGCCUUUACAGUUUGACAAGGACAACGCGGAGGUGAUACGCCUUAAGAGUCCAUUUCAUAUUUCCAAUGGUAAUAACGAAAGUACAUCAUCACAUUCUCCGGGUGUUCUGAAGGUUUACGAAGACCCUCGGUCCCCAGAUUCAAGUGAUUCCGUGGCUCAAGCCGGAGCGGCACCAACAAAUGCUAGAAGCCCCGGGUUUCAGACCAAAGCGAUGCCACUUGAAGAGUUACCGAUCAAUGAGCCUACAACAGUUCCUAAUCGUAAACAUAAUCAGUUACCCGAUAACGCUUCGAAACUUGAACCUAGUCCUAUUCUGUCGCCAGCAAAUGAGAACCUACAUCGCCGAUGGAAAAAGAUCGAAAACUCGGAAAGGCGGAGAAGCCUUAGCCCCCGGUCGAAGGAUCCUGUGAAGGCGCAAGAUAUGGUCACUCGUGGUUUGACUCGAAUUCGAGCCGGAACUCUUGAUGUCCAUGGGUAUAGAAAAUUUCAAACUCUUCUCAAAUAUCACGACGUAAUACUCAAGGACGAAAGUAAGUAUGAAGAGAUAUUGAUCGCGCUGUUUGAUGCUCUGGAAAUGCCCGAUAGUGAAAAAGGCGCUGCGUCAAGUCGAUCACUCGAUCUCAAGACACAGAUUCUAGUGACGAUUCGUCUUAUGCUGUAUUUAAAUCGUGAGGGAUUUGCGGCUUUUUACCCGAGAGCGACGACUGCCAUCAUCACCGCCCGCAAACACUAUGAAUUAACCAAUCAUAUUGUAAGUGGUUUGGAAGAAACAGCGGAAGACAUAGUCGGUGCCUGUGAUCCUCAAGAGGUCAUUGAUGCAAUUUUGGACCUCCUCGAGACCGAAGAACAAUCUCAUGAAUGUUCCCGGAUGAUCACCAUGGGCAGCUAUAUUCUCAGUGGGCUGCUACGUCGCCUGAACCAAAAGCGAUUUUAUCUUCCACAGCCGGAUCUAGAGAGGCUUGGAAAGUUCGCCAACCAGAACUUGAGAAGCACCCAGCCUGAUGUUCGCCGCGCGAUUAUUGAAUUUUGUCCUGAGCUCUAUGACAUGGUGCAAUCAGAGGAUGUUUUUUGGCCGAUGGUGAAUACUCCUGUCGAAGAUGUUCGGCCGUUGUUGACCUAUUAUAUCAUGCGGAGACACGGUAGAACUACAUGA